GUAACUCAAUUAUGGGUUGGGUAUAAAUUUGUAUACAUUAUGUUUGAGAACACAUUUUCAAUGCAAUGCCCCAAGAAAGUUCCGAUACAGGCGAGGAAGACGAAGGGCCAGACAGAUCGAGUGAUUCCACAUCUUUUGAUGCAAUCAGCUCCUCCAAUUCACUAAGUGAAACGUCUGAUUAUGAGCAUGAGGAUCGAAAGCAGGAGAUGAAGGCUGUUAAUCUUCCCACGGAUUCGUACAACAAACUGGCAGAUCGAACAUUGUUCUCGCUGGGAUAUGCAGGGCCAGAGAAAUGGCCCCAGCCGGAGACGGGAGAAAGACGCCUCUCUAAGCCAAAUCUCUACGAGCUGCUGUCGGAGCUGAUGCGACAGGGUCGAAGAACGAAUGCUGUGAUUACAAUUGCCGAUAGUCGCCUGGAAGUCCAUCUUAUUGUGCUGCAGUGUUUCUCUGGUCUGUUCUGUGAUUUGAACAGCGAGGCAAGCAGCAUCGAUGUGGAGCUGCCCUCGCAGUGGGUGACGCCACGUGCCUUUCACCUCGUCUACAAUUGGAUGAUGCAGGAUGAGCCGCUUCUAUCUCGUCACGGAUUGCUCGAAGUGCUACGCGCUGCCAGCUUUCUGCGUGUGCCCCAAUUGCAGAGGCAGUGCGAGAUGUGUCUGACGCAUGGCAUACAGGAGGACGCAGCAGCAAUGCUGUAUCUCGAGGCGCGACUCUUGCGGAUGGAACGUGCUCAGCGUCCCCUACUGCAGCGAGUGGGUUGCUUUUUCCUUACCCUCGUCGCCUCCCAGGAGUUCCUUCAGCUGUCCAUGCCUGCCGUCUGUCUGCUGCUCAGCUCAAACAGCAUUGGGGUCAACGCCGAAAUGGAGGUCUUCAUGUCCGCCGUUCGCUGGCUCAACUAUCAGUGGCCCAAACGACGUCCUCUUGUUGCCCAGCUCAUCUCUUGCAUCCGUUUUGCUCUGGUGCCGCCGUGGUUGCUUAUUCGACUGCAGGAUCGGCAUUCCAGCUCCAUGCAGCUGCGACACAUUACCACACAGCCGGAGGUGCUGCAUCAGAUCCACGAUAGUCUCGGUUACACCACAGCCCGUCUGCGCUACGGCUCCGAUCGAGAUGCGUUCAAGUUGCACGUGAAGCGAAGUGGAAUGCAGCCACCAUUGCAACGCAAUUGGAUCUAUGAUCGAUUGUGCAGCUACCAUCAUCGCCUCAAUUGCCAGAUAAGCGAGGAGUUCACAUACGAGUCCUUCUUGCACUAUCUGAAUUGGUUGCAACAGCAGCACAAGGACCACUGGCGCUCUCUGGAGCCGGUGAAUGCCUCGGGGGAUUGUUGUCUCUGCAGCCAGCUGAUAGCUGACAGCAAACAACCAAAAGGAACGAAGGGUGUAUAGCUUUGUAAGAAGAGAUUGUA